AUGCAAGGUUCUUACAAGAACAACGGCCUUCCUAGGCCCUACUACAUGAAACCUAACAAGCGAGGGUCAGCAUACGAUAGCGCGUCGCGCCUGCUCUUCCUAACCAACUCCCGCAAGUUGCUGGGCUACUUGGUGAUGCUCGCAUUGUUUGGCCUUUGUAUGUUCAUGGUUGCCCAGGAGCUCAAGCCCAGGCCCGACGUGCUGUACGAGAUCAUGGAUCCGCAGGAGGUCAAGGAGCCUAAAAAUAAUGGCGAUGUGGGCAACUUGGUGGUGUCUGACAAGAAGGACAAGAACUUUGAGCAACCGCAAGUUGCCAACAAUAAAGCGCAGAAUUCGCGUGGCGAGUACGGCCACGGUGUCAUGGAGGCUCCCAAGGGUGGCAUGGUCAACGAGGGACCGGUCGUUGGUGCAGACGAAGGCUUGGUCGUAGAUGGAAAGACUAAAAAGAAGUCUUCUGGAGUCGAAGUGUUGGUUGCUAACGACGCAGCUGCCCCAGGUGCACCUGUGGUUCAGGGCAACGGCGUAAAGGCCACGCGAGAAGGCGACAAGAAGGCGGCUGACCCGCAGAACCCGGAUUUGCGCAAGCUCAAUGAGAAAAACCACAAUUUGAACAAUGUGGCAAUCAAAGGUGCGGACCUGGAAGAUUCCAACCCAAAGCUUGGGGAUGCAAACAUCAACGGCGUUGUGGAGGAUAGAAUGCACAAGAAGGUGGACGCCAAGGGCAAGAUAGAUGACGACGCUGAGAAGAAAGAUGUUGGAGGUGAACCUAAGAAGAGGAAAACAACUGAUGACUCCAAUGUUGAUGAAGAGUCUAAGAAAAAUGCUGAUGAUAAGCCUAAGAAGAAUAUCGCAGAUGGCAACCAAGAUGAAAUAGUAAAGAAGCUGGCCAAGGACGUGGUUCCUCUGAAGAAAGAAAUUCCUUUCAAUGAAGACGAGAUCGAUGCUGUGGUGAAGAAAGGACUGAAACAGGACGCAGUUAAGAAGGACCUCGACGAUGAAGAUGAUGCGGCCCAAUAA